AUGUCCGGCCAUUACACUUUAAACUGGUCCUGCAAGCCCUGCAAGCUCCCCCGCCUCCCUCCCGGCACCGAGGAAAUCCACAUCACCAGCGGAGCCCACCUCAAAAAUACCCUCAAACACACCAGCACCAAGACGUCGAUACAGACAUGGACAUGUAUACCCUGUAACUUCACGCUCCCCGCACAUCGCCGCGAUACUCACGAGGCAUCGAAGAGGCAUAAUGCUAUGAAGCGGCGGGGGGCGGUGCGGAUCCAAUUAAUCCCAGCUGCUGCAGCGGAUAUGAAGGGUGAAGAGGUUGGCGAUCAGACGCCACCGGCGAGCCGGAAGAAGAUGAAGAAGGGCGGUACUAAGAAUGCUAGAAAUGUUAGUGUGGAGACACCAGUAUCAGUUCCAAUCUCUAUCCCGCCUAAGAAGCGACCGAAACCACGUCAAUCCGCCCCCACCAAAAGCGGGUGUGGGAAACGAGAUCGAACUACCCACCACGAGAGUCAAAAUAGUGCCCAAACCAAAGUGGCUAGGAAUGUCAUAAAUUCACCCGCAAGUACUGUAGAGCGCACAGUAGUCAACGGGGCACCGGUGAUCAGGAUUAUAUCUGCGAUGCCAGCGCCGGCUCGCAUUGCUGUCCCGAAGAUUAAUCAGCCUCCUGUAGAGCGCUCAUGGAGGACCUUGUAUUCCGAGAGGCAAGAGAGAUAUGGAUAUGCUUAUCCGUUUAAGCAAGCGUGGUGGACGUGCCCAAGAUGCAAGUGCACAAUGUACGAAACCUGCAAGGGCGCACAUGAGCUCAAGAAGUGCAAGCCCAUGGAACUCGUCGAGUUCGUGCCGGCGCCUCCGAGGCGUAUAAAGGCGAGGAUCAUGCCUGUUGAUGUAUCCCGCGGACUGCAGAAGAUCUAUGACUCUGAGGAGCGAGCUGCGCAGAAGGAGCGUUAUUUGAGAAGAGCUGAUGCGAGGGACAAGAGUUACAGGUACAGGAACGUUAUUCCAACCCAGAUUUUGAGUACUCCCGGUGUUCAGAUCGGGAUGUGGUCGAGGAGGCGGGAGAUGAGGAGGCGGAGGGAGGCGGAGAUAAUGGGGAGGGAGGUGGAGGAUCGGGAGAGGGAGGCGAGAAAUGCGGAGGCCCGGAAGAGGAGAGAGAAGGAGAGGAGAGAGAAGGAGAGGAAGGAUAGAGAGAGGAGAGAGCGGGGGAUGAGGGCUCAGCAGAUGAGAGAUGAGAUGAAACCUCAGGGGAGGAAUGGUAAAAAGUCUCGGGGGAAUAAUUCUCGGGGGAAUAGUUCUCGGGAUAAUAAUUCUCGAGGUAAUAAUUCCCGGGGGAAUAGCUCUCGGGGGGACAAUUCUCGGGGUCGGGGGAAUAGGAGGAGAAAGGCCAGGGGACAGGGAGGGGCUUAA